CUUGUUUGGUCUGUUAAAUUAUUUAGGUGGGAUUUGUUAAAUAUCUGAGAUGGCAGAAUGUCAGAUACAAGACUGGAAGCACCAGCACCCUUCAGCUCCAGACUCAGUUAGUAGACAUGAAGCAUCGAUACCAAGAACAAGGCAAAGAAACAUUUUUGGUCUAUUAGCUCAGCGGGAGCUCUCACCUCGAACAAAAAACCAAGCGAAAAAUCUUUGGACCAAACCUCCAAGACGUGAUGCUUGUCCUGUUGAAUUAAAAUUUUGGGGCACUGAUGCUCGGCAUGAUCUCCUUUCUUGGGCUGAAUCAGAGUUCUUGCGUUGGUGGAUUCCCAAAUAUUGCCCUCUUCUGCCUUCUUCGAAGGCAACUAUCGCAGCUGCAUUUAGUCCAGAUGGGAGAGUACUUGCAUCCACACACGGUGACCAUACUGUCAAAAUAAUUGAUUGCCAAACUGGGAAAUGCUUGAAUGUACUGUUUGGACAUCAGCGCACUCCAUGGGUGGUUAGAUUCCAUCCUCAGCGUUCAGAUAUUCUUGCUAGUGGAAGUUUGGAUUGUGAAGUUCGUCUCUGGGAUGCUAAAACAUCUCGCUGCACUGCAGUACUAGCCUUCUAUAGGCCAAUUGCAUCAAUUGCAUUUCAUGCAACAGGGGAGCUUCUGGCAGUUGCAUCAGGUCACAAAUUGUUUAUAUGGGACUGUAAUAACCGACGUGAAACUUUGGAACCUCCAAUCAUACUAAAAACCCGUCGUUCACUGAGAGCUGUGCAGUUUCACCCCCAUGGCGCGCCAUAUCUACUUACAGCAGAGGUUCACAACCUUGAUUCUGAAGAUUCAACGAUGACCCCUGCACUUCUGAGCAAUUAUUCCUUCAGAGACACACCUCUCCUUGGUGGUUCUGGGGUAGAUAACUUGAUUAGUGAACUAUCGUACAUGCAUAAUUUUGAGCAGGUUGGUGCUUCAUCAUCAGUUCCAGUCACUACUAGCAGUUUCGAUGGGUCAAGGCUACAUGAUACCUCAGGCCAUCAUCUGACGACCUCUGUACCUGGUAUUGGGAGUUCCCUUCUGGGUACUCAUACUGCUGAAGCUGAAGCUCCUGCUAUCUCAUUAAGUGUUGGGGCAGAACAAACUACAUCUCUGCUUGGUGGUGGCACCGAAUUACCUUGUACGGUGAAGCUAAGAAUAUGGCGUCACAACAUGAAGAAUCCAUUUAUCGCAUUAGGGCCUGAGGCAUGCCUGUUGACAAUUCCUCAUGCUGUACUUUGCAGCGAAAUGGGUACCCAUUUUUCCCCUUGUGGGCGAUUUUUUGUUGCUUGUGUUGCAUGUGUGCUGCCACAGAGAGAUGGUGACCAUGGAACUCAAUUGCAUGAACAUUAUGAUUCUGCUGGGGCUGGAACAUCACCAACUCGCCACACCCUUCCGUCUCGUCAAAUUAUAUAUGAGCUUCGGGUUUAUUCUCUUGAAGACGCAACAUUUGGAACAGUUCUUGCAUCUAGAGCAAUAAAGGCUGCUCACUGCUUAACUUCCAUCCAGUUUUCACCCACAUCAGAACACAUACUAUUGGCAUAUGGUCGGCAACAUAGUUCACUGUUGAGGACCAUUUUCAUCAGUGGGGAGACCAGAGUUCCUAUGUACACAGUCUUGGAGGUGUAUCGAGUUUCAGACAUGGAGCUUGUAAGAGUUCUUCCUAGUGCUGGAGAAGAAGUCAAUGCUGCAUGUUUUCAUCCUUCCCCUGGAUCAGGUCUUGUUUAUGGGACUAAGCAAGGAAAGGUUAGGUUUCUUCAGCAUCAUGGUGCAGUAUCCACUCGCUGGGGAGAAUGUUCAUGAGAUUUAGAGCAUGUGCUUUAAAUGCAGUUCUGGACAUAUUAACUGAAUCUCAGCAUCACAUUCUUAUGUUGCUGAAUCCUAUCUUGAUUGUGGCUUCUGCAACAUCCUGGAAGAGGUGGUUGAAUGUUAUUACAGGAACUUAUGCUCAACUGAGACCAUACUUUCAUCUAUCUCCAAGACCGAGAGGGCCUAACGGGAAACAUCAGAUUUCAGCCUCCAAUUACUCUGAUUAACGAGCCAGUCUUUGCAAUACGGGCAACGAGGGCUAGUAUUUUAGGUGCAGUGCAGUUAACGUGUGUAAGAAGCCCUGUCUGUUGAGAAAAUGGACAAGAAAUCGCAGCCUCAUCCAGCAUGAAUUACCAACAAUGGUUGACUACUUGUACAAGGAGACCCUAAAGGAUACGGGUCGCCUGUAUGAAUAUGGAUGCGAGCCAUAUACCGACGCCUGGCCUCCCAAAGAUGUGAUGUGUGCUUUGCUUAGUUCGAUGAUAUGAUAUUUUGUUUUUGAAACUGUUACCAUUUUGUUCUUGUAUACAAGGCUGCGAGUAAAUGUAUUUGAUGGAAGGGAGCGCCGCCCCAAGCGCUCUCGUCUUAAACAA